AACCGUCCCGAGGAGGCGUGGAGGAAGAUCUCGGCGCCCUCGCCCUCCGGCCGUCAACCGGCGCCCCUUCCGGCACCGCCCGCCGCCUGACAGCGCCGCCGCCAUGGACAAGGUGGACCGGCAGUUUCCGCGCUCCGUGAGCGGCAUCCUCAAGGCGGCCCGCAUGGUUGUAGCUUUUAUGGCAAUCAUCACUUUUGUGGUUAAAAGAUCUCACGAAGCCUUCCUAGCCCUUGUCAUCAUGGAACUUGUCAUUACGUUUUUAUUCUAUUUACUCUAUCUACUGAAGUUGGAUGUAAAGCUAAAAUUCAUGUUUUGGCCUUUGGCUGAUGCUUUCAAUUCCUUGGUGGCAGCACUAUUUCUCAUCAUUGUGGGCCUGUGUGCAACCAUCAUAAAGACCAACAAGCAAACAUUAAUUGGAGGUAUAUUCUGUUUGAUACUUUGCGGCCUUUGUAUAGCAGAUGCUACUUUAAUCCUGAAAAAAGUUAAUUUUAAGAAGUAAUAAUAGGAAGGC